AUGCUUCGGAGUAUGAUGCCCCGGGCCGCACCGCGCGCCGUUUUCCGCCCUCAGGCUGGUCCUUCAACUUACAUUGCUCGUCCCUCUCUGGCUGUCUUUGGACAGUCAAAACGUGGCUUUGCCUCUGAAGCAGAACACGAUCUUGUUAUCAUUGGUGGUGGUGUCGCUGGGUAUGUUGCUGCCAUCAAGGCUGGACAGGAGGGUCUGAAGACCGCAUGUAUCGAGAAGCGUGGUAAACUUGGAGGCACAUGUCUCAAUGUCGGCUGCAUUCCGUCCAAAUCCCUUCUGAACAACUCCCACAUUUACCACCAGAUCCUCCAUGACACGCAAAAACGUGGCAUUGAGGUUGGCGAUGUCAAGCUCAACCUUGCGCAGAUGAUGAAGGCCAAGGAUACCUCCGUCGACGGUCUCACAAAAGGUAUCGAAUUCCUGCUCAAGAAGAACGGUGUCGACUAUGUCAAGGGUACCGGUUCCUUCGUCGAUGCCAACACCGUCAAGGUGAACCUGCUCGAUGGCGGUGAGCAGGUCCUCCGCGGCAAGAACAUCCUCAUUGCGACUGGAAGCGAAAGCACUCCUUUCCCUGGCCUAACCAUUGAUGAGAAGAGAAUCAUCACCAGCACUGGCGCCCUUUCUUUGCAGGAGGUUCCCAAGAAGAUGGCUGUCAUCGGUGGAGGUAUCAUCGGUUUGGAGAUGGCUUCCGUAUGGUCUCGCCUGGGAGCUGAGGUCACCGUUAUCGAAUUCCUCAACCAGAUUGGUGGUCCGGGUAUGGAUGCGGAGGUUUCCAAGGCGAUUCAAAAGCUCUUGCAGAAGCAGGGUAUCAAGUUUAAGACUGGAACCAAGGUUACCAAGGGUGAUGACAGCGGUGCCACAGUUGCUCUCAGUGUUGAGGCCGCGAAGGGUGGUAAAGAGGAGACCCUCGAUGCCGACGUGGUUCUGGUCGCCAUUGGCCGCCGACCCUACACUGAGGGACUUGGCUUGGAGAAUGUUGGUAUUGAGAAGGAUGAGAAGGGCCGCCUAAUAAUCGACCAGGAGUAUCGCACUAAGCUCCCUCAUAUCCGCGUCGUUGGAGAUGUCACCUUCGGUCCCAUGCUGGCACACAAGGCCGAGGAGGAAGCCGUUGCAGCCGUUGAAUACAUCAAGAAGGGACACGGCCACGUCAACUACGCUGUCAUCCCCAGCGUCAUGUACACCCACCCUGAGGUUGCCUGGGUUGGCCAGAACGAGGCCGAAAUCAAGGCUUCGGGUGUCAAGUACCGCGUCGGCACCUUCCCCUUCACCGCUAACUCUCGUGCCAAGACGAACCUCGACACUGAUGGUUUCGUCAAGUUCAUCUCCGAUGCAGAGACCGAUCGCAUCCUCGGUGUACACAUCAUCGGCCCCAAUGCCGGUGAGAUGAUUGCUGAGGCCACCCUGGCCGUUGAGUACGGCGCUUCCAGCGAGGACGUGGCUCGUACAUGCCAUGCUCACCCAACUCUCUCUGAAGCCUUCAAGGAGGCCGCCAUGGCCACCUACUCGAAGGCCAUCCACUUCUAG